AUGUCAUAUUACGACUCCCGCGAUAGUCGGGGCUACCGUGUCAAGCGCGACAGGUAUUCCCGUCCAGAUGGGGCCUACGUGGAAGAAACGUAUGUAGACAGCCGUGGCGGUUAUCCUUAUGACUACGACACUCGUCUUAUUCGCCGUCGUGGAGACAGUGAAGAGUCUGUUGUGGAAGAAAUCUCCAGAGAUUUCCCGCCUGGUGAGUACUACUACGGUUAUCCUGGUCCUCGUCGGGCGGCAACCGUCCGUGAGGGAGCACGCAGAGCUCGCUCUGUCGGACGUGACCCUUACUACGAUGGAGAAUACUAUCGCCGCGAUGACUACCGACCCCGACGAAGCAGGCGCUCCGAUGGUCAACGUGACCGCUAUGAACGAUCGACAUAUUCUUCCUCUCGCAGCCCGUCCCCUCGUCCUCGCAGACGCAAGUCUCUAGGAGAAGAGGCUUUGGGUGCUAUUGGAGGAGCUCUUGGACUUAAAGCUGCCCGUGACCGUUCCCGUGAUCGUGACCAUGACUCCGAUAGAGGUCGUUCUCGCAAAUAUCGCUCCUACUCCGAUUCACGCUCCCGCAGUCGAGGUCAUCGUGCCAAAAGUGAGGCUCGCAUCGCUCAAGCUAUGAAAGCUGCACUAGCAGCGGGUGCAGCAGAGGCAUUCCGUGUUCGCAAUACACCCGGUCCUUGGACUGGUGAAAAGGGCAGGCGUGUUCUGACUGCAGCCGUUUCUGCUGGUGGUGUUGAUGGCCUCAUCGACCGCGAUCCCAACAAACACGGCGGCCGCCACGUGCUAGAAUCGAUCCUUGCUGGAAUGGCAACGAAUCGUCUCGUCAACGGUGCCCGCUCUAAUUCAAGAUCUCGAAAGGACAGAGGACGUUCUCAAAGCCGUGGUGGUAUCGGAGAUAUGGCUGCUGCCGGUAUACUAGCCGCAGCUGGCAAGCAAGCCUACGAUCGAUUCUCUAAAUCUCGCGGCCGCGAUCGAUCCGACUCACGGGACAGUCGCGACAGCAAUCGAGACUCCAAGAAGCGCAGUUCCAGCGUGUCACGCGCCAUAAACAAGGGUUUGGCAGCUCUCGGACUCGAUGACAAGAAUCAUAAUGAUCGAGGAAGAGAUCGUUCGAGACGAUCCUCGGAUUAA